UGGACAUCCUACGAGCCUUAAAUGGACGUACUAUGGACGUCCGAAUGUCCAGAUGCGGCCGUCCAUCGGACACCCUGUGGACGUCCAUGUGCUAUCUGGGAAGAGCGCCGGAAAGUUGUGCAAACGCAGGCAAGAUCUGGCGCGGGUACAGAUCAUGUGCAAUGUAAAUCAGAUUGAAUACUAUAUGACGAUUUAAUGUUUCUCGCUGAUUAUAUUCAACCUAGAAAGUGAGUAAAUCAUUUUUGUGUUUAUAUUUUUGCUUUGUAUAAAACAAUAGUUAAAAGGCCUGUAAUUUAAUUAUGAGUAAUUAAAAUAAAUAACAUAAUGUAUUAUGUCUGUAUAGGAUGACAUCAAAUUAUCAACGGUCUAUACAAAAAACAGUUUCCGCUUCACAAACUUCACUUCUUGCCCCAUCGACAUCUUCAACAUAUUUAUCUAAACAAACUUCUAAUGACAGCUUAGAUCAAUGGAAUGCUGGCUUGAACGAAUCUUUAACAGGUGAGAAAUUAUAACGCACAUUGCAUACGGUUAACUUAUUAUAUGCUGACUGGCGUUUAUAGUUGGAUUUUGAUAACUAGGAAUAUUAGUCAUUGUAUUAAUGCCUUUAAAUAGAUGCAGGUUUGGAAGAUACAAAUGAUGAAGAGCUUUCUGCAGUGCAGUCCAUGGCAGCGUGUUCUUCUUCAUCUGCUUCAACCAAGUUGAUUUCUACAAGUGCUUUGGUUAUCAUGUUGCAUUAUUAUUUGAUACAACUGUGGAAAAUAUUGAAACGAAGACGAGGUCACGGAAGAAGAAGAUGGUGGGUCCGCCCCAUAAAUCGAUCUAAGGAUCAAUUUAGUUAUCGAACAAGUCUUGUGCGUGAAAUCGAGACGCAAAACCACGAAGAAUUUUAUAAUAAUUUCCGAAUGUGGCCGGAACAAUUUAAUUGGUUGCUUGACCGAGUGCAAGGCAAAUUACAAAAGCGAAGCAGAAGGACUCCAUUAGACCCCAAACUACGUCUGCAGGUGACUUUCUUAUACCUUGCACGAGAGGAUUCUGUUUUAAGCAAACAUACAGAAUUUCGAAUAGGGAAAUCAACAGCAUACGCUAUUAUACCUGAGACCUGUCAGGCAAUUUGGGAAGCACUGCAACCGAUAUUUCUACCACCUAUGGAUCAAAGUUUAUGGAAGAAAGUCUCCGAUGGAUUCUUUGAUAAGUGGCAGUUUCCAAAUUGUCUCGGUGCCAUUGAUGGAGUACAUAUACGUAUUAAAGCUCCUCCUAGAUCAGGAUCAGAAUUCUUUAAUUACAAAGGAUUCUUUAGCAUUGUGCUCUUGGGUACUUGCGAUGCAGAAUAUAAGUUCACCUGGGUGGAUAUUGGGCAAUAUGGUAUGUAUCUGUAGCAAUAAUAAACCAAAUAAAAUCAAAUUUGUAAUUGUUUGCAUUUUACCAAAUAAAUUGUAAUACACUUCAAUGUA